AUAAUAAUAAUAAUAAUAAUAAUAAUAAUAAUAAUAAUAAUAAUAAUAAUAAUGGGGGAAACGGAAAGGUACAACGAAAAUUCUUUCAGUUAAGGGAGAUACAACCACUUUUUAUACAGAAAGUAAAAGAAGGUUACGGCAGGAUCGCCACUGGUUUCUAUUCUGAGCCAUAUCUGAUAACGUCUCUAGCCACUGUGUUGCACCAUCCCUCGGACCCCAACCAGGGGAUCGUGAAGGACCAACAGAAGCCAGUCCUUUGCAACUUUCUUUCAUACCACGACAUCAUGUCAUACACUGACCACCUCUCCGCUUUCUCCAACCAGUCCCGGCGUCCGCAAAUAAUGACUGUUUCUUGUAACAAUUUUCAUAAAUUUAAAUAACAAAUAGACCCGGGUCAGGUUUAAUUGACUGAAUCGCCACCAACAAUCGUCUUUGUCUUAUGAAGCUAAAUGUUUUAACCGGAGUAAGAAGUGGUUGACACUAAAAGAGAAGUACUGACUUACAAUCUCAGGAAGAUCGCUACGUAGGUCCAAUACAAUAUGAGUCCUUUCACUACCUAGAUAAUUCAAAUGAAAUGAGUCCAAUAGAUGUUUAAUACCAAAUAGGAAUUCGAAUGCACAGAUCGGAUAUCUAGGAACAUUAUUAAGCAUCUUAAAUGUCCUAUGGGAAUUCACCAGUUACAGAUUUCUUAUAUUGCUUACAUGAAGACACCUUUACACAGAUAGUUAUACGCAUCUUGAGCUCGUUCUUAUUACCGCUGUUCGUAUUUUCCGAGUCUUUCAGCUACUUUUUUUUAUUUUUUUGGUAUUUGUAGGACCCCGAGGGAGAGACAUACCUGGCCCCUAUACAGAGUCUACCCCCAAAAACACUGGUUUGGGACACAAAGACCUUUAUUAUUCUUUCUACACAAAGAUUUUCUGAUCGAAUACAUUUAUCAAAAGUAUUCAAACACAGAUAAUAACGUGGUUCUCAUUAUAUUGGGGUCAGUCAUAGUUCAACUCAAGCGGUUCUUUGUUACAAGCCAAUGUUAAGUGCUAAACUACGCUUUCUACGUGGAUUGGCUCCUGUCAGCUUUGAUGACUCGAUUCUCCAAUGUUCUACCUUACAAAAUAAGUAUGAAGUACCGAAAAAUCUCCAGUCAAGUUUUGUUACCUCAGAAAAAUUAUAUUCUCGACAUUUGCUACACUUACAGGAAGCAUAUCUCAAUAGAUUUCCAUUCACUAUUGCUAAUCCCGCUGUUACCGAAUUAGUCUCUUGUAAGGGCUCUACUUUCGUAUGUCGUAACAAGCCCAUAGAAACAAAGAAUCAAAGUUGUCAGACUGAAACACUUGAUACCGAAACAAACUUAGAAGCUUUAUCUACAAAAGUAGACCAAAUCUUUCACAAGUUAAACUGUCAUGCACUGAAAUCUAUUUCAGAAAGCAAGAUAAAACACUUCCCCAAAUUGUGGUUGGAUUUAGGGGAAUUAAACUAUUCACCAGCGCAGUAUAAUCUAGGUGUAUGGUACGAAAAGCAAGCAUCUGAGUGCCUGUCUCUUCAGGAUGGUCUGAAGCGACAUUAUAACAAACAAGCGGGUCAUUGGUACAGUUGUGCUGUUCGGGGAGAUUCCCAUCCACUGGCUGCCUAUAAUUUAGCAUGUCUUAUUCUGGAUUCUGAAGAGCCCAUAAUCCAUUCGAACUCGUCAGAUAAACCUUCCACAUUUACGGUCACAAAUCUAAUGAAACUGGCCGCUGAUGGUAAUGUCAAACAGGCAAAGAAAUACUUAUCGGAACAAUGUAUUACAAAAACAUAGUUGAUUGGUCGAUCAUUUGAAAUUCUUAUUUUUUUCUAUAGUGAUAUUAUUUUGAAAGCAUUUACUAAAAACUGCAUUUCAUGACAACUUUCUAACAAUCGUCUUUUUACUUUAGUAUUUUUCAUAUCCCCCAUUAUUACUUUGAAAUCUCAAUAAAAGGCAACUGG